CUGCGCCUGCGCGGGAGGCCUCUGCCUCCUCUUUCCCCCUCCCCUCCCCGUUUUUCCCAACGCCCGCGGCGCGAGCGCAGGGAAGCCCAACGGCUGUGGUGGGGGGGCGGCGGCGACGGUGGCCGCCAUGGCCCAAAAGGGGCCUACGCGCGGGGCCAGCUAAGGGGAGGCGGCGGCGACGGAAGCCGAGGGGGGCGGAAAAAGGAAAGGCCGGCUUCCUACUCACAAACACGCAGGUUAAAAAGAAAGAUACGUGAACACACCGGGCCCGGAGAAGAAGAGGGCCUCGCCAAUCGCAGGUCCACUUUGAUCUUUUAUUUUUGGGAUAUUGGCCAAAAAACCAGGAAAAAUAUGGGUGUCAAAACAUUUACCCACAAUUCCCCUGCUCACAGUCAGGAGAUGCUUGGAAAACUUAACAUGUUACGGAAUGAUGGACAUUUUUGCGACAUUACUAUCCGCGUCCAGGACAAAAUCUUCAGAGCGCACAAGGUGGUGUUGGCAGCCUGCAGUGACUUCUUUCGUUCCAAGUUGGUUGGUCAAGCAGAUGAUGACAGCAAAAAUGUCCUUGACCUACAUCAUGUGACAGUGACAGGAUUCAUGCCCCUUCUGGAAUAUGCAUACACAGCAACGUUGUCUAUUAACACCGAAAACAUUAUCGACGUCUUGGCUGCAGCUAGCUAUAUGCAAAUGUUCAGUGUCGCUAGCACCUGUUCUGAGUUCAUGAAGUCCAGUAUUUUGUGGAAUACUCCAAGCAGCCAACAAGAAAAGGUGUUAGAUACGGGACAGGAAAAUAGUGCAAACUGCAACUUCACCUCUCGCGAUGGCAGCCUUUCCCCUGUGUCUUCAGAAUGCAGCGUGGUAGAAAGAGCCAUUCCUGUUUGUCGAGAGUCAAGGCGGAAACGCAAAAGCUACAUUGUAAUGUCACCAGAAAGCCCCCUUAAAUGUAGCACUCAAACAAACUCUCCACAGGUUCUGAACACUUCAGCUUCAUAUGCAGAGCCUAGAAGUCACCCUGUAGACUCUUCCUUGGCUUUUCCUUGGACGUUUCCUUUUGGAAUUGACCGGCGACUUCAGUCAGAGAAAGUGAAACAAGUAGACAAUUCUCGGACUCUGGAAGUGCCUGGUCCAUCUGAUGCAUCUCGGAGAAUUGCUGAUUAUGUGGCUUGUGAAAGCACAAAAGCCAGCUCCCCUCUGGUGAUUGAAGAGGAUGUGCGGGUAAAAGUAGAACGGUUAAGUGAUGAAGAAGUACAUGAGGAAGUAUCGCAGCCUGUGAGUGCAUCUCAGAGUUCUCUGAGUGAUCAGCAGACAGUCCCAGGAAGUGAGCAAGUCCAAGAGGACCUUUUGAUCAGCCCACAGUCAUCUUCUAUAGGUUCAAUAGAUGAAGGAGUCACUGAGGGAUUGCCAACCCUACAGAGUACCUCUGGUGGCAAUGUUCAUGCAGAUGACGAUGAUCGAUUGGAAAAUGUCCAGUACCCUUACCAGCUCUAUAUUGCGCCUUCAACCAGUAGCACAGAGAGACCCAGCCCGAAUGGCCCCGAUAGACCUUUUCAGUGUCCAACUUGUGGUGUUCGAUUCACCCGUAUUCAGAAUUUAAAACAGCACAUGCUCAUCCACUCAGGCAUUAAACCCUUUCAGUGCGACCGUUGUGGGAAAAAGUUCACCCGGGCGUAUUCGCUAAAGAUGCAUCGCCUGAAGCACGAAGGUAAACGCUGUUUCCGGUGCCAGAUAUGUAGUGCCACUUUCACUUCCUUCGGGGAAUAUAAACACCACAUGCGGGUUUCCCGGCACAUUAUCCGCAAGCCUCGGAUUUACGAGUGCAAAACAUGUGGCGCCAUGUUCACCAACUCUGGAAAUUUAAUCGUUCAUCUGAGGAGUCUGAACCAUGAAGCGUCAGAGCUAGCAAACUACUUCCAGAGCAGUGAUUUCCUAGUGCCGGACUACUUAAACCAAGAACAAGAUGACACCCUCGGCCAGUAUGAGCUUGGAGAGCACGGGUUUGAGAGCAGCUCCUCUGUCCAAAUGCCUGUCAUUUCGCAGGUGUCAUCCACUCAGAAUUGCGAGAGCACUUUCCCCUUGGGGCCUCUGGGUGGGUUGGCAGAGAAGGAAGAAGACCUGCCCGAGCAGCCAAAGACGGUCGCGGGCGCCGAGGCCAGCAGAGAGGACCCCCUGAAACCGGGGCUCUCCUCUAUUACUAUCGAAUAAGUCAAAACGUUUGGUUUCAGUCGUGUCUUUUUGGAAAGUGCCUGUGUUUGGUCUUGUACAUUUUAAUUUAAUUUUCAGAAAGGAGGGGGGGAGGGAGAAUGUACCCCUUUUUCUUUUUGUAAGCUAUGCUGUUUAAACCAUAAACUGCAACAGAUGUUACGCUAUUCUUCACAACCCAGUGUCACUUUCGUGGAAACAUUUUUGAGGCUGAAAUGCACAGUAAGGUGUUGUCAAAACAUCAUAUACACUUCUAAAGAAAAACGAAGCACACACAAAUUACUAGGGUUUUUUUUUUGUUUCUAUGGCAGGCCAAAAGAUAAGGAAGGGGCUUGUUUUGCCACCUUCAUUUCAAAGAGCUUCUGGGAAAGGAAGAGGAAUUGAUGGCUCUGAAAAUCAUUUUUAAGUAGGCUGUCAAGUGUUGAACCGUCAAAUUGCACAUCUUAGUAAACCUUUGAAUACUUUUUGCCUAGGAGGAAUCACUUCUCUCUCUUAAUUUUCCUUACUUGUAAUAAUUACUAUAACAUGCAAGGCCUCUGGUUUUAAAAAUGGAAGUUUGAUUGGCUUUGGCAAAACUAAGGGCAGUGUGCCCAGGUAUGCUUACCUUCAGUAUGUCACUAAAAACAGCUCUUGCAAAAGACCUUAUAAGGGUUUCUUUCUCUGAAGUGACACAUUUAAAAACCCUCUUGUCAGGAAAUUAUGGUUGUAUCUCACAGUUUGGAAUAGAAAAAACUAUGACAAGGAAGAAGAGUUUAAAAAAGGGCAAAAGAGUAUUUUUGCAUUCAUAUGCUCUUGUGAUUUACACACACAGCUAUGUGUACUUUCCACAGUUUUAUUGACCUGUUUCUUCUUUUAUAAAAGAAGCAAUUUUCCUUUGGAGGCCAAGUUUCUAAACCAAAAGGAGUUGUUUACAGAAGGUCUGUUAGAAAUGAUAAAAUGUUCCUAUUCUAAAAUAUUUUGUAUACCUUUGCCAAGCCAGUUUCAGAAAAGCCAUUACUCUGGCAGCAUAUACAACUCUAGCAAGUAAUGAACUGAAUUAUUUGCCAUUUUAUUUUCACCUGUUAAGUUUAUAAAGCAUGUGCAAUGUAAGAUGGCACAUUUGGUUGGCCACCAGUUCUUGGUUUGUUGCCAGUGCCUUUCAGUGUGGCUAAGGCUUAGGAAUUUUAAUUACAUUGAUUUUUUGCUCAUUCCGAGUAUCCUGAAGUAUUCCAAGAUUAACAUUUUUUAAAGAAGUGUAAAACUUACUUGAGAAGGUACUUAACCUGAAUUUCAUAUGAACAUUAAACUAAGAAUAAAACAACAAAGGGCUGAUGGGGAGGGAUUGUUGAAUCGCUGCAGAGGACAAGUAACAGGGCUGAUACAUUAUGCAACUAAUACUGAAGUCUGUGGACAUUCUGGAAGAAGCAUGUUUCUGCCAAGAGCAAAUUCAUCAAAAUCUAAGGAAACUGAUUCUUGUACUUCCCGCUACUUUUGUAAAGGGCUUCACAGAAUGACUAACAAAGUUUAAAUGUAGGUAUUUUACUCAAUAGCUUUAGGGGGUUUUUUUUCUUCCCAUUAAUUUUGAAUUUAAAAAAACCUUCCAGAUAAGUACUUCAGUAUUUUCAGCAAGGGAUGUCCAUGCUGACGUUGAGUCCUCCUUUUCAAGGCAGACCAAUGGUGGUUCUGUCUUGUAACUAAAGCAAAAAACAAACAAACCCAAAGCUAGCAAUUGGGUUAUAUAUACAUUGGUAUUACCAUUCCAAUAAUUCCUGUAAGGACUGUCUAUUUUUUUUUUCAAAUCCAGGAUGGAACUGAUUUAAGGCAAUGGAUUUCAAAAUGCAAAUAUCUUGUAGCAAUCGCAUGACGUCCAUGAGAUUAAUUGGUAUAAGCUACAUAUCGGUUACUUUUAUGUUCAUUCUUAACGUAGUAUUGUAUAGUUUGAUUUUGUAUGGAGAGAGGGAUUUGUUCUGCCUACACAAUGCAUUUUAUCUUUUGUAAAGUCUGUUCAGGGGGCGCGCUUUGUUAGUUCAAAAAUUGUACAUUUGAUAUGUGCACAUGUAGAGCAGGUGAUCUACAUUAACAGAGUUUUAGGAUAUUUAAAAUAUGGUAUCAGACAGUUAGCUUUUCUGAAAAUUAUACUACUAAUAAAAGCACUAAAACUAAAAUACUACAAAUAAAUCAUUUGGAGUUCAUAAAAUGUAAAUGUAGACAUAAUCAGUGUUUGCGUGAAAACAGCAGCUACUGUGUUGCAUCUUAGUACAAAAACUCAAUGAAUUGUGAUAAUAAUUCAGAAUUCUAACAUUCAAGCAAAGGAUUCAUCCAGAAUUCUCUUUGCUAUUGGGAGAUCUCUUUGCAGAUAUUAUUUCUUCUCAGUUAAAAAGAACACCCUUUCAUUCAUAAAAACCGUCAUCCUAUCUGUUUUCUUAUUUUUUUCUAAUUCCUUUAGAACAUUUAAAAGGAAACCUUCUGGGUGAAUAUCCAAGACCUAAAACCAAGAUAUUGAAUAUCUUGAACAGUUUAAACUUGAAAAGCUUGAACCCACAUUUUAAGUCAGGGAUAACAAACAGUGCUUUAUGAUAUAUCUUAUCCUUCCAACAAAAAAAAACCUGUCAGUCCCCUCAAAGCCUGGGUUCUGUGGAAAAGCAUUUUAGCACCUAGUCAAUACAGUCACUACUUUCUCUUGCCCAACUUUGGGCAUCAGACCAUCACGCAUCCCGUCUUGACUCUGCAAAGAGAACGAUUGUUUCCCAAAAGCAUCACUUCCAGAGGACCUGAACUGGUCCAGACCUAGGUAGCCUAACUGGGUGAUAGUGUUACCAACCCAUAAGGGUUGGCCAUCCUUUUAAAACUGGUUAGAUGUCAGCUGUUUUCCAGCUUUGUCAAAUUGUAAUUGUGAUAAUGGGCUUCCUUUGUUCACAGAAUCAUCUGAAUGUUUGGGUUUUCCUAUCCAAAUUUCUCACGUGGUUGAGCCAGAUAUGUAAUAUAGCACCCCAAGAAUCAGGAUGUGCUGCAUGGCCUCUUUCCCGGUCAUGAAAGAAAACAUAUUCAAAUAUGAAGCAUCUGUUCCCACACACGGUUGAGACAGAGGAGCUCAAUUGUGGGGUAGUGCCUACCCCUGCCAUGGGCCAGCAGAGAAUAUAUGUACCUGAGAAAUGAAAUCACAAUCCCUCAGAAUAUCAGUUCCAUCUUGCUAACAUUUGGUCACCAGCUUCUCGUUCAAUUUCCCCUGAGUGCAUUAUUUGGAAAUCAGUUUGGCAUCUUUGUUGCCAGUAGAUGCUCCCGGUUCUGAUGCAGAAUGCACAGAGCCAGCAAUGUCUUUCAGAUCCGUCCCUGUUUGGGCACUUAUCUUUUGUCUGAAAAGUGUAAAUGUGAUUUUUUUUUUGUUCAUCAACCAGUGCCAGUGUAGCAAAUAUAUAUUAUAUAUAUUAUAUUUUAUAAAACUAUAACCCCUAGGUCCCCAAAAAGAGAUUGAAAUUGUAUUUUUUUAAAUGAUGCAUUUGCAAAUUUUUAAAGUAGUGGCUUUAGCCAGUUUUGUGUGGGGUGGGAGGGCAUAUCACUGAUUUUUCUUCACCAGCCUCAACACAGCAGAGGGCUAGAUUAAAAAAAAAUCCCUGUCUGUUUCUUAAAGUCUGCCGAAUUUGGCAUAAUGGAAAUGGUUUGGAUAGUGUUUGAUACAAAAGAGAUGCAGUUUUUCCCCUUCCUUGAUUGCCUUUCUGCAGAAGGCAAAGCUUCCUUUUCUUAAAAAGAAGAGACAGAAUGUGGGUCAAUCCAUUGACCUAAGAGAGGAGUGGCUCAAGCUUACGUUCUUCCAUACCACAAGACUUUGCAGGUCAUAUUUGGUCAGGAAGCGGGGAAAUAAUAACUGAGGGGGUCGGAUAUAAUAAAUAGUACAGCUGAUAUUUUUAAGAUAAAAGAUUUUAAGUGGUUCUAAAGCUCUCUGGUUUGUUGUUUUGUAUGUCAACUUUUCUGUAUGGUAUCAGAGAACUUCAGAGAAAAGGAUGGUGCUGUGUGUUUGUCUCCUCUUCGGCUGCUGCAUGCUACCAUUUUUAUUCUCUCUCCAGUCACAGCCAGUGGAAGCUGUUGAGUGUGCUUCCGGGUCCCAGUCUUGCAGUGCUGUCUGUCUCUCUGUGGACCGUUGUACAAUCCCCAAAAAUAAAGGAGGGGAGGGAGGAAAGCUGGAGCCGGAAGUGCAAAUUGAAUUCUCAGAGGGCCUUCCAGGCUUCAUCUGUACCUCCCUCCCCCUGUUAACUGUGCCAGUCUUCAGUCACCAGCCGCAUCUCAUAGAGCUUUUCUUGUCUGUGCCGACCACAGCUAGGCUACUUGGCAUGUUUAUUGACUUAAUGGAAAAAAUAAUGUUUUUUGGGUUUGGUUUUUUUUUAAUGUUGAAAUACACUUUGCAUUUUAUAUACUAUAUCUGGCUAUUAGUAUUUUUCAGGAACCCAUAGUUCUUGGUGGCUAUAUAUAUAUUUUUGUGACUUUUUGUAAACUAAAGUGCCGUUUCACUGUUACAAUCAUUUCUAGAGUUCUUGUAAUCAAUGUGAAUAUCAUGGUUUUUUCGAACUCCGUUCUGAGCCCGUAGUGUUCGCUUUUGUGAUUCUCCGUGUCAUGUAUAUAUUCUGUAUAGUUUACCUUGUAUUGAAAUAUUAGCUUGUUUGAUAUAAGAAGAAUAUGUAUUGGGUACCUUUUUUGCUAGCCUGGUUGUUUAAUCUUUAAAAAAAUGCCUUGAAAAAAAUUCAACAAAAAAAGAAAGAAAGUAUCUCCAGAUUGGUCACAUGAGUCAAAAUGAGCGGGAAGAAAAACUAGUUUUGAGUGUCUUUGGAUAGAAACAUGAUGCUAAGAUUUUUCAUUAAAAUAUUAAUGUUUUAUGGAGUAA